AUCGAACAGAUUCUCGAGGCGACUAGUAAAACAUACUCGUGCUGUGUUAAAAGUGUAUUUAGAUACUAUCCGUCGGCAGCAGGAAAGAACCGCACCAUGAAUCUACACGAGCCGGUAGAUCCCAACAAGCCCUUGGAUGAGCUGACACCGGAAGAAAAGAUGAGGUUGGAGCACAUAAAGAUGUUCGAGAAGCACAAGGGACAUGAAUCGAUGCAUAUGGAGAUGGUUGUGAUACUGCUGGUCACGCUGAUUAUCGCUCAAAUUGUGCUCGUAGAAUGGAAGAAACGACACUAUAGGUCUUAUUCGUUAAUGACGUUACUGGCCCUAUGGAUAAUUCCGUUCGUGCUUAGUCUGCGCAGUCAGUACUGGAGGUUCAUAUUUUUCUGGCUCAUCUUUAGCUGCAUCACGGGCCUAGUGAUGCGGAAGGCAGUACGCAAACCGAUCGCUGGCACAACGCCCCGUCUCGUCUACAAGUGGUUCUACUUUAUAUACAAGCUCACCUACGGUCUCGGCAUUGUUGGCUACAUCGUGAUGAUGUUUACGUUUUUCGGCGUGAACUUUAUCUUCAACAUACAGCCACACAUCUGGAUGGACUUUGGGCUGUUAUUGCUGUUCUAUGGUCUCUACUAUGGUGUUUUGGGGCGCGACAUUUCCGAGAUUUGUGCCGACAAAAUGGCGUGCCAUAUCGGGUACUAUACACCGAAGGGUAUUCCGACGAGGCACCUCGAGCGGAACGUGUGCGCCGUGUGCGGCAAUCAGCUGAUGACGGACGUGAACGAGGCGGGCGUAAUCGAGAACACGUACAAACUGACCUGUGAUCAUGUGUUUCACGAGUUCUGCAUCCGCGGCUGGUGCAUCGUGGGGAAGAAGCAAACCUGUCCGUACUGUAAGGAGAAAGUGGACCUAAAGAAGAUGUUCUGCAAUCCUUGGGAACGUCCGCACGUGCUCUAUGGCCAGUUGCUGGACUGGAUCCGGUGGCUGGUGGCCUGGCAACCACUAAUCCUGUUUAUCGUACAAGGCAUCAACUGGAUGCUAGGGCUGGAAUGAAUUAAAAUCCCCCGUGGUGGCACGUAAAUCGGGAUUGACAUUUCCUCUUAAUUCUACGUCACGCUUAAAUUUCAUAGGAGAGUGAUACUUGCUACUGUGUUCUUUUUUGUCUGUGUUUAGUCCACAAGACCGAAGAAGAACGGAAGAGUGUCAAGUGUAACGACAAGGGUAUAGCAAUUGCCAUCGCUCAUUUUUCUAUCAUUAGAAAUGCGGAUAAAUUCGCUGCGAGAGAGUUUAUCCUUCACCUUCAUGAGUAUGUGAAUGCGUGGCAAAUUAAGAGCACCAAACUAUUUUAUUGUAAGGCUCAUUUUAUUAUUUAUCUUCGAUACUUUAGGUAAAACGAGGUUUUCUUUGCCGUACGCGUUUGUAAAUUUGGACAAUGUGUAAUGUGAAUGUUCUUUUUCGUUCAACGAUUAGGAGAAACUGGUUGUUCCAUUAUUUUUAUUAUUGCCAAUUAUUUUACGGACUCUUUUCCUAGCAAUGUAUGCAUACCCAUGUGUGGUGGAACACAUAUGAAGCGAGUUUCAUACCAAACCCACAGUAAUAAAGACUCGUG